UGUUCACGUCACUUUCUAUAAAUUCGACUUUGUGGUGACAAGAAAAAAACAUGUUUGAUCCGGAAAAGUAUGGCCUUGAGCCCAAUUUUCAACUAACAAAGUUCUCAACGUUGCGAGGGUGAGGUUGUAAAAUCCCCCAAGAUACUUUGCUGAAGUAUCUUCAGGGAACAGAUAUAUUACAAUCGAAAGACUCACAAACAAAACUAAAUAACGAUGACGAUGAUUACAUAGGUUCUGGAAUGGAUUGCGCAGUUGUGCCUUUAAAAAAAUAUCAAAAUUUGUCACUUAUACAAACGGUCGAUUUCUUCUACCCAUUAGUGGACGACCCACACGUAAUGGGAAAAAUCGCUUUGGCUAAUGUAGUUAGUGACGUAUACGCCGUAGGAGUUACUGAACUUGAUAAACUUAACCUUAUUAUGACAGCUCCGGAAGAAUUAAAAGAAGAGGAACGCAAUAUAAUAAUGCCAAUGAUUGCUACCGGGUUUCAAGAAUCCGCAAAAUUGGCUGGUUGUAAGGUUCAUGUUCAAAAUAUUACCAUAAACCCUUGGUGCAUAAUUGGAGGCAUUGCAAGUGCUAUAGUAAAAAGGGAUGAGGUUAUCAUGCCUCACAAUGCCAAAGACGGGGAUCAUCUUGUUUUAACAAAACCAUUAGGAACGCAAUUAGCAACAAAUGCAUAUCUAUGGCUUAAGGAAAGAAAUAAUAAAUAUUUAAAACUGGCUCAAAAAUUUUCUGAUGACGACAUUAAUGAAACAUAUCAAUUAGCAAUAAAUACAAUGUCUUAUUUAAAUAAAAAUGCGGCUAUACUAAUGCACAAAUACAAAGCUAAUGCUGCAACUGAUGUCACUGGUUUUGGUUUACUGGGUCAUGCUCAAAACUUAGCAGAAUUUCAAAAGGAUUGUCUUCAAUUUGUUAUCAAGAAAAUACCAGUUUUUAAAAAUGUUUUAUCUUUCGGAAGUAUAUUGAACCAAGAUGCCAAGCUACGUGCAGGAAAAUCUGUGGAGACAUCUGGAGGUCUAUUAAUAUCAAUGCCAUCUGCAUAUUCCGAUCAAUUUUGCCAAGAGUUUAAAAGUAUAACUAAUGGUGAACAGUUAGCUUGGAUCGUCGGAUAUGUAAAAAAAUCACAUAAACGCGAAUCAAUUCUGAGUAAUGAUACAGAGGUUUUCGAAGUUGAUUUACAUCAUCUUUAAAAUAUGUAUGAAUAUGUAAUGUAAAUAUGUAGGUAGAUAUAUUUAAUACAUAAUUAUAAACAUUUUAGUUUUAAGUAAAUGUAUGCAUCCAACUCAUGACUAUUAUUUUAUAAAGAUACAGCUAUCAGGAAAUAAUACGAACUUAUAUUCUGGGGUACUAAUUACGAUGAACUAAAAUCUUUUUAUUUAAUAAAUAUUAAAUCCUGCAUUGGCGGGCAUUGAACCCACUAUUAAUUACGUAAUCUUGCAUUAGAAUCGAUUUUUGAAAUUUUGGCCACACAAGUUUUACCAUUUUCAUAUUUAUUUCAUCAUAUUUUAAAUGUGUAUGAAUUUAUUUUAUGUAAAUAUUUAUAUAUGACUUAUGUUUUUUAAACCUUUUAGUUUAAGGAAAAUGAAUGCAUCCAAUUCAUGACGAUUAUUUCAUAAAGAUACAGCUAUCAGGAAAUAAUCCGAUCUUAUAUUUUGGGAUACUAUUUUCGAUAAACUAAAAUCAUUUUAAUAAAUAUUUAUUCCUGUAUUCAUAUGAAAAUAAUUAAA